AUGUCCUCAUCAAACGACACACGAACGUCAAGAACGCUGGGAGCCCUCUUGGGUGUCCACUGCGGUGACUCACUAGGCGCCACUUUUGAGUUCAUGGCCUGGUCAGAUAUCACAAGGCAAUAUCCAAAUGGCUUGCGUGAAAUCAUUGGGGGUGGUAUCCUCGACUGGCCCGCCGGUCAUGCAACGGAUGAUACUGAUCUCACCCGUGCAGUGCUCCUAGCCUAUCGAGACUACGAGGAGAUCAAACAGGCCGGAAGCAUACAGGCAUCAAGAGAAUUUGAUAUCGCCAAAGCAGCAGCUGAUUAUUCACUCAAAUGGAACGAGGGCGACUGGCCAGGUCGCAAAAAAGGCACGCGUCCGAUUGAUAUCGGAAACGCUACGAGAAUGGGCUUCCAGAACUACAAGAGGCUAAAAGACCCAACCAAGUCUGGUUCAGGCAUUGGUAGUGCGGGAAAUGGAAGUUUGAUGCGCUGUAUUCCUACCGCAUUGUUUGCACCAGCGGAGAGACGACAGAAAGAGUCGAUAGCGAUUAGUGAGUUCACUCACAACGACCCGAGAUGCACAGUGGCUUGUGCAGCAUACAACGAGAUUGUUGCUGCUCUUCUCGACGAUAAGACGCCGCAGGAAGCUGUGGAUAUUGGAAAGACGGUAGCAGACGACUUGGGCUGCGCCCGGGUUUCAGAUGCCAUCAAGGAGGGUGAGACGCUCCCUUUGGCGAUGAUUGCUAGCAAGGGUCCCCGGGGUACAUUUACCCCUUCCGGAUACGUACUUAAUAGCCUAAAGAUCUCAAUUGCUGCCCUACUCGAUCCACGGUCUCUUGAAGAUGUGCUAGUAGAUGUGGUCCGACUGGGAGGGGAUAGUGAUACAAACGGGGCUAUUGCUGGGGGUCUGCUUGGUGCAAGGGAUGGGAUGGAGAAGUUUCCCCAGCGGUGGUUGGAGAAACUUCAGUUUGGCAAGGAAUUUGAGGAAGUUACGAUGCGCAUUCUACAGCUACAAGAUGAUGAGGGGAAGCGAUGA